AUGGGGCCCCACCGAACCGCCGGCUCGGAUAUUCCCGAGGAGCCGAUCAGUGGCAGUGCCGCGGUUGGGGGAGAGCGAAUUCAGACAAACCCGCCCGUGAAACGAACGUUCUCUGUCUUUGGUCAUCGGCCGCAGAAAGACGCCGGAUGGACGGAGGAAUGCAGGACCCAGGCGUCCGGGUCACAGUUACUCACCAGAUCUCCCCAUAUCCAGUCCGCAUCACCUCACGGCCUAGUGGGGGCCCCGGGCUCCCAUCCCGGCGUGAAAUCGACGAGGCCGCGGGCCCUGGCCGUCCCAGCUACUCCGGAGGGGGCAUCGCCAGCGCGGAUCCGGCCCCAGGCCAAGCGCCCCCCGGCCCCUGGCCGGCUCCCGGCCGCUCUGUGUCUCCGCAGGGCCAGGCAGCGCAGCUGGGAGUUAAUGUUUCAUCCGAACUCUGCGUCCCGAGGUCGCGGGAGCCUGGCCGGCUGCAGGAAUGUGCUGGGGGGCCGUGGCCCGAGCCGGGUGCUUUACAGACCGGGCUCGGGGGGGGGAGGGCAGGAAGCCGGGGGGUUUCCUCAGGCCCCCGCCAGAGGCAGCGUCUUCGAGGAAAGCGCCAUGCGGGCGGCCGCACGUCGGCUCCUGGCCCGGCGCCACGAGGCAGCGACAGCGCUGGGUCUGUCCGUCCGCUCCCAGAUCCUGAAGCUGGGCGAGGAUUGGAUCUUCCUCUUCCUCUUGGGGAUCUGCAUGGCGACCAUCAGCUUCGGCCUCGACGUCAUCAUCUCCAAGUUCCAGCGAGCCAACCUGUGGGUGUACGACGCGCUGGAGGGGUACCGGGCCCUGCAGUACUUCUCCUGGGUCCUCUACCACACGGGGCUCAUGAUGGUCUCGGCCGGAGUGGCCAAAUACAUCUCGCCGCAGGCUGCAGGCUCCGGGAUCCCCGAGCUGAAGGUGACGCUCCGGGGAGUCGUGCUGAGCGAGUUCUUCACCCUGCGAACUGGCCUGGCCAAGCUGGUCGGGGUGAUCUGCACCCUGGGGGCCGGCAGCACCAUCUUCCUAGGCAAAGUGGGCCCCUUCGUUCACAUGGCCACGAUCCUGGCCACCCAGCUCGGCCGCGUGAUGGUUAGAGUCGCUGGGACCAAGGAGAACCCGGCCCGCAAGUACGAGAUGUUGGUGGCUGGGGCGGCCGUGGGGGUGGCCUGCUGCUUCGUGGCCCCCGUGGGGGGGGUGCUGUUCUCCGUGGAGGCGACCGGGACGCACUUCGCGCUGCGCGAUUACUGGCGCGGCUUCUUCUCCGCGACCUGCGCCGCCCUCACCUUCCGGCUGCUGCCCCUGCUCCACGGCGAGAGCGAGACGGUGGCCGUUCUCUUCAGCACCAGCUGGCGCGUCGAGUUCCCCUUCGACCUGCCCGAGCUGCUCUCGUUCGCCCUGCUGGGGGCGCUGUGUGGGGCUCUCUGCUGCGUCUACCUCUUCUGCCACCGUAACCUGCUGCUGGCCCUGCAGAACCGGCCACUGCCCCAGCGCCUGCUGGGCCGCAACAAAAUCCUCCAUGCGGGGCUGGUCUCCCUGGUGCUGGCGAGCGUUACCUUCCCCCACGGGCUGGGGCAGUACCUGGGGGCGCGGCUGACCAUGAAGGAGCUGCUGGAGACUUUCUUCAACAACUGCACCUGGGGACGGGCGGAGCUGGGGGGGGCUGAACGCCACCCCGCCAGCCCCCCCACCCCUCCUACGCGGACCCCUGGCUCCAGUGGACCCACCCCCGGCUCUCCUCCCUCGAGAUGCUCAGCUUCUUCCUGCUCGCCAAGUUCUUCAUGCUGCUCCCUCGCCACCACCAUGGUCGUCCCCGCCGGCUACUUCCUGCCCGUCUUCGUCUACGGACGUCUGGCUGGGGUCUUCGUCUAA